AAAGUGGAGGGGAUUUAUUGCAUCGUCUGUCAACAAUCAUGAAGACACGCGUAAAAGAAAUUCCUAAUAGAAAGCAGCCGAAGAAUGCCGAUGCAAAAGAUGAAAGGACGGGAAAGAAACCCUUCGAUAAAAAAAAAUACAGGGCGCAGAAGUACAGUAACAAGUACAAAAUUGAUCAAUGGCAGGAACGCAGGAAGAAAGCAAUUUUGCGAGAUUAUUACAAAGAGGUUGAGAAGAGCCAACGUCAGAACCCGAAGAAACCAAUUGCGUUGAUAAACGAAAAUAAAAAUGAAAACGAUAAUGAGAUGCAACCAAGAAAAGUGAGUGCCUUCCAUAAAGCUAAAAAGGAAUACUUGCGCAAGAAGGAUGAUAAAAGGAAAAAGAAGGAGGAAAUUGUACGGGUAAAAACAGAACAAAAAGAAGCACUUAAGAAGUAUAAGGAAAAGAAAAUGCAAACGUUUAAGAAACUCUCAAAGAAAACAAAAAAGGGACAACCUGUGAUGAAGGACAGGUUAGAAUUGUUAUUGGAGAAGAUACAGCAACAGGUAUCAAACUGAUACAUGAGAAGAAUGACGUGUAAAGUUUCAUGUUUGAAAAUGAAUAUAAUGUUAAUACAUCUUGUACAAUGUAUAUAAGUUGGCAGAGACAUUAAAUAAAAUGACAGGAACAGAGAAA